UGUCCUAUAGGACUCUCCGGCGACCUUUUUGUGACCUCUCCUGCCAAAGGAGGCUGCUGUCACUUUAAAAAUUGUCCUGAGAGAGCGGAGCCAGUGUCUGUGCAGAGAGAUAGCUCCUAAGCCCUCUCCUCCUCUUUCUGGAUGGCCGCUCUGAUCCUGUUUAAAGAGACACUUCGUGACAUCAAGACCUUCACAGUUUAGAUUGAAGACUCUGGAAGUGGAUGAUCCCGGGAGGACGGUGUGUGAGUGAGAAAACAGGGCUGAGAACGGGCGAUAAAGAGGACACAGGAUCUCCAAGAGCUAGGGACACCUACCUACCUUCCCCAGGACAGACAGUGCUUGUGGAGCCCUGGUGCAGCCUUGCAUCCCAGCCCAGGACGGCACCCAGCACCCCGGCCCCCCACUGGGGCAGAGCUAAUCGCUGCUGUCAUACGGCUGGCUGAUAAGAGCAAAGAAAGUGAGGAGAGAGGGAGGGUGUUCGCAGAUGGGACACGAGCCUGGGAUCACCUGGCAGACACUUUCGGUUUCCUUCAUCUAAACACAGUAUAGCUGGCUGUCAGUGUACUCUGCAGAGACAUGGACAUACUCACCCAGGAGCUCUGCAAGAGGAGAGCCUGAAUGGGACAGAGCUGGGUCUGGAGCCCCUCUGCUGGAUAUUCUGUGGACUUUAUUUAAUUCAUCUGGGGUAACCUUUGUAGGUUUUGGAUGAGCAUUGUAAUGUGAAGUUUUGCAUCGAUGCCAGUCAAGCAGAUGUGGGUAACUGGCUGAAGUUUAUCAAGUUUGCUGGAAUCUACAAGCAGCACAAUCUGGUAGCCAGUCAGCUCAAUGAGCAGAUAUUCUACAGAGCCGUAGCGGACAUUGAUCCUGGAGAGGAGCUCUUAUUGUUCAUGAAGAGUGAAGAUUAUUCCCAUGUGACAAUGGCCCCUGAUAUCCAUGAGGAGCGCCCAUAUCGUUGCGAAGAGUGUGAUCAGCUCUUUGAGUCCAAAGCGGAGUUGAGCGAUCACCAGAAGUUCCCCUGUGGUACACCUCACUCUGCCUUCUCAAUGGUAGAUGACCAUUUCCAGCACAGUCUGAAGGAUGACAGUGACCUCCUUGAUAUGCAGCAUUCUCAUGAAUGUAAAGAAUGUGAUCAAGUCUUCCCAGAUAUGCAAAGUCUGGACAAGCACUUACUUUCUCACACAGAAGAGAGAGAGUACAAAUGUGAUCAGUGCCCCAAAGCCUUUAACUGGAAAUCCAACCUUAUCCGCCAUCAAAUGUCCCAUGAUACUGGAAAGCACUACGAAUGUGAAAACUGCUCCAAGCAGGUUUUCACGGAUCCCAGCAACCUCCAAAGGCACAUCCGAUCUCAGCACGUCGGUGCCCGGGCACACGCCUGUUCAGAGUGUGGUAAAACCUUUGCAACUUCAUCAGGUCUUAAGCAACAUAAGCACAUCCACAGCAGUGUCAAACCUUUUGUAUGUGAAGUCUGCCAUAAGUCUUAUACUCAGUUUUCCAACCUCUGUCGACAUAAACGCAUGCACGCCGAUUGCAGGACUCAGAUCAAAUGUAAAGACUGCGGACAAAUGUUUAGUACGACAUCAUCACUUAAUAAGCACAGGAGAUUUUGUGAGGGGAAGAAUCACUUUGCGGCAGGAGGAUUGUUUGGGCAAGGCAUAUCACUUCCUGGGACUCCGGCCAUGGACAAGGCUUCCAUGCUUAAUAUUAACCAUGCAAACGCUGGCCUCGCAGAUUAUUUUGGUGCUAGUCGGCACACUGCUGGACUUACGUUUCCAACAGCACCCGGAUUCUCUUUUAGUUUCCCUGGAUUGUUUCCUUCAGGUCUAUAUCAUAGACCUCCACUGAUGCCAGCCAAUUCUCCCGUAAAAGGACUUCCAAGUGUGGAACAGGCAAAUAAAAGUCAGAAUCCACAUAUGAACAGACCUCAAAUAUUGCCGGCUUCACAGGACAUUAUUAAAGCACUGAGUAAGCACCCAUCGCUGGGUGAAUCGAAGACUUUGGAAUAUUUAACAGAGAGUAACUCUGACCAGAGACCACAAGACAAGAUAAGCGACCAAUCAGAAAGUAGUGACCUUGAUGAUGUCAGCACUCCAAGUGGCAGUGACUUGGAGACGACAUCUGGAUCUGACCUGGAGAGUGAUGUAGAAAGUGAUAAAGAGAAAGUGAAGGAAAAUGGUAAGAUACACAAGGAGAAAAUGAGCCCGUUGCAAAAUUUAGCUGCCAUAAAUAGCAAAAGAGAAUACAACAAUCACUCAAUGUUUUCCCCUUGUUUAGAGGAACAGACGGCUGUGUCUGGAGCCGUUAAUGAUUCCAUAAAAGCCAUUGCUUCUAUUGCCGAGAAGUAUUUUGGUUCCGCUGGACUUGUGGGCCUUCCAGAUAAAAAAGGAGGAGCAUUACCUUAUCAUUCAAUGUUUCCCCUUCCAUUCUUUCCAGCUUUCUCUCAAUCAAUGUAUCCAUUUCCAGAUAGAGACACAAGACCUGUCCCUUUAAAAGUGGAACCAGAGUCCCCUAAAGAAACAAAGAAAGUCCAAAAAGGGAGAACUGAGUCCCCAUUUGAUCUUACAACCAAACGUAAGGAGGAGAAGGCUGUGACAAAUGUGUCUUUGAAACCUGUAGUCCCAGCAGCCUCACAUCAUGACCAGCCUUUGGACUUAAGCAUGGGAAGCCGAAGUAGAGCGACUACUACAAAAACAUCGGAAUCCAGAAAAAAUCAUAUAUUUGGGGAGAAAAAAGACAUUGAAGUAGAGCAGACAAAACCAUCUGAUCAUUGCUUGCAACAUGCUAGACCCGCUCCUUUCUUCAUGGAUCCCAUUUACAGUCCAAGAAUCACCUUCGAUAAUUUGAAUAUCUACGAUUGCAGGGUAGAAAAGAGAAAACUUAUGGAUCCACUUGAGGUUCUAAAAGAAAAAUAUUUAAGGCCUUCUCCAGGGUUCUUAUUUCAUCCACAGUUCCCACUGCCUGAUCAGAGAACUUGGAUGUCCGCUAUAGAAAAUAUGGCAGAAAAGCUGGAGAGCUUUAACACUCUGAAACCAGAGGCCAAUGAACUGAUACAGUCGGUUCCAUCAAUGUUCAAUUUCCGAGCAUCUCCAAGUGCCCUUCCAGAAAACCUCCUCAGAAAAGGCAAAGAGCGGUACACCUGCAGGUAUUGCGGAAAGAUUUUCCCCAGAUCUGCCAAUCUUACGCGCCAUUUGCGGACACACACUGGGGAACAGCCUUAUCGAUGCAAAUAUUGUGACCGAUCUUUCAGCAUCUCCUCAAAUCUGCAGAGACACGUCCGAAACAUUCACAACAAAGAAAAACCAUUCAAAUGUCACUUGUGUGACCGGUGUUUUGGUCAACAAACCAACUUGGACAGGCAUUUAAAAAAACAUGAGAAUGGCAACAUAUCGGGUACUGCAGCAUCUUCUCCUCACUCAGAGAUAGAAGGCACGGGUGCGAUCUUAGAUGACAAAGAGGAUUCCUAUUUCACUGAAAUAAGAAAUUUCAUCGGGAACAGCAGCCAUAGCAAGCAAUCGCCAUUGAAUUCGGAAGACAGAAUGAAUGGGAACCAUGAUAAAAUCAUGCUCACCGGUCAGAGUUCUGACAUACUGGACGAUGACGAGAUAGAGGACGAGGCGAUUCUUGACGAAGAUGAUGAAGAGAGUGAUAUUACAGGAAAAGCACUGACAGAGCCCAACACAAGUAGCAUACUUGAAAAAUGCAGUGUCGAUGAAUAUGAUGAACCGAGUAAAGUUGAAAUAAACUGCAAAGUAUCUCCAAGCAGGUUUGAUGACGAAGAUUUCAAGUCUGGCCUGUCUGCUUUGGACCACAUAAGGCACUUCACAGAUAGCCUAAAAAUUAGGAAAAUGGAGGAAACUCCAUACAAUGACUCUGACUUAUCACCUUUCACAGCUUCUCACCUGCCUGAGGAUUUAAAACAACCAUUGUAUAGAAAAUCCAAAUCCCAGGCAUAUGCAAUGAUGCUCUCUUUAUCUGAUCAGGAAUCGCUCCACACUGCAUCCCAUAAUUCCUCCAGCAUGUGGCACAACAUGGCAAGAGCUGCGUCUGAAUCCACUGCUCUGCAUUCUAUCAGCCACGUAUGACAGUGUGAGCCACAACUGUAUCAGGACCUAGUCCAAUAACUAGCAUGGCUCUUUCAUGUGUGACUAUUUAAAGAGGCCGCAGAGCAGGAUGCCUUAUUACCUGCAGGGUCAAUUCUGGUGACCUUAAAUGGAAUAAUUUUAAAGAAAAUAAACUAUUUAUUCUCAUUGUUUUCAUUUUGCACAGCAAAAGGCAGCUGCUGAUUUUCAGAGCGACAUUAAGCAAAAAAAUGAUAAAUAAAAUGUAAAACAUAAAAAAUAUUAAUAAUGAAAAGAGGAACUUUUGGACUUUUGGAUGGAAAGGGGUCUUCCAGCUGAUAUUGUGUUGACUUGACACACAUACAGUACAAGCACUCAAAUAAAAAAAUGAAAUCCUUUUUUUUUUUUUAUUUUUUUUUUUAUUUUACCCAGUGAUUUAUCACAUGUUUGAAAAAUGUUGCUUCGAUGUAGACAAUUUGUAUAACACAGCUUCAUGUGUUUAAACCAUUUUAAGACAGAUGUAGUUAUUUACAAAUGUACAUUCUCACUUAAUGUAGAAAAAUAACAGGGAAUAAAUUGUUCUUUCCUUAGCUAUGUCUUAAUUGCUUUGUGGGGAAAAAAAAGAAGGAAAUUAUGUGUAUAUUGUGAAUCUUGCAAUGUUCAGUACUUAAAGAGACGUUAAGUCAUUAAAGGGUCAUUUUCCAUUUCUGAUGCCACUAGUAUGUCUUACAGUUCAAUGUUUGCCAAAUCAGUGUAUUGACAUUUUAAUUUUAGACAAUCACGUCCGUGUUUUGACUUUUCAUUUUGUUUGUUCAUGUCAUUUGUAUUUAUUACUUUAUAUGUUGUUGAUUUGUAAUCGCACUGUUCACUUCUUCACUUGGUUGUCCCACAUAAACUUCCAAGCAUAUUGGAAACUGAUCUGUGUAUGUGGGUGCUCUUAUUGUUUUUGUUUUGUUUUUUUGGGGGAGGGUAGGGUUUUUCUAACAUAUCUUUUCCUUAAAAAAUAAAAUAUAGGCGCAAUUUAGGUUUUGUUUCCCUUUUUUGUUUUGUAUUACAAUGAAAUGUUCUGUACAAAUUGUUAUAUUUUCUUUUAUGAUCGCAUGUUUCUUCUGAUUAAACUGUACCCAAUAUUUUUUGCUGGUUGUCUGCAAGCUUUUGUGAUGUUUUGUUCAUGUUAAUCAUAUUUGUAAAAUGAAAUGUUCCAACCCUGUUUAAAAAAGUGUAUUCAGAUAUUUUUUAAACUUCAUUUGGGUGACCAUUUUUUUGUGUGUUUGUUUUUUUCUCGUUUUGUUUUGUAAUAUAAUUUUCAAAUGACUGCCAACUUGAGGUACUUUUUCUUUCAUUACUUUAUAUAAUUGUAAUUGUUACACAUUAAAGUACAUUAUUUUGGGCGGAACAAGACCAUGGAAAUAAAGAUCUACAAUGUUGGA